GUGUGGUUGCGGUUUGCCUAUCAAUUCAUUGUAUCCCCACUCAGUUGGCCAAUCCUCUUCACUUGUUCUUCCUCACAUCUCUCUCUCUCUCUCUACUUGGACCCUCUCCUCAGUGUCUCUUCUCUCUCGAUGCAACUUGGGUGAGAGGACCGAAAUAAGAAUUUUCUGGAAAAGAAAUCAAUCCCCCCCAAAAGAAAUGCCAAAGUGUGGGAGAAAGGGAAUUAAAAGAUAAGUGUCAAACCUCAGUUGUAUACUCAAAUAUCAAAUUUUGCUUUUUACCUCUUUAUGGCCUAAAAUCUCCCUCAGUAAGACCAAAAGGAAUAAAAAAAAAAGUGUGAGAGAGAGAAGGGGAAAAAAAGAUAAGAUUAGUUAGUAAGCAUAUCUUGGUGUUGUUGUUGAGGCUGAGUGGUCAAAGGAAAGGAAGGAUAGAGAUCUGGUAUAUGGUUAACAGAGAGGUUGUGUGUGUGUGUGUGAAUAGAGUACUUUUGUGGAGAUGUCAGGUGGUGGAUGCAGCAUAGUGUGGUUCAGGAGAGAUCUGAGGGUGGAGGAUAACCCUGCACUGGCUGCAGGAGUGAGAGCAGGUGCAGUGGUUGCUGUUUUCAUAUGGGCUCCUGAAGAAGAGGGUCAAUACUACCCUGGUAGGGUCUCUAGGUGGUGGCUCAAACAAAGCUUGGCUCACCUUGAUUCCUCUUUGAGAAGCCUUGGCACUCCUCUUAUCACCAAACGUUCCACUAAUAGUGUUUCUUCUUUGUUGGAGGUUAUUAAGUCCACUGGGGCUACUCAACUCUUUUUCAACCAUUUAUAUGAUCCGUUGUCACUUGUGAGGGAUCACAGAGCAAAGGAGGUUCUGACUGCUCAAGGAAUUGUCGUACGUUCCUUCAACUCGGACUUAUUGUAUGAACCAUGGGAUGUGAAUGACGCUCAUGGCCAACCAUUCACAACUUUUUCUGCUUUUUGGGAAAGAUGCCUUAGCAUGCCUUAUGACCCACAAGCACCUCUUCUCCCACCUAAAAGAAUUAUUCCAGGUGAUGUGUCAAGGUGCCCUGGUGACACAUUGGUGUUUGAAGACGAAUUAGAGAAAGCAAGCAAUGCGCUUCUUGCGCGAGCAUGGUCACCGGGGUGGAGCAAUGCUGACAAGGCAUUAACAACAUUCAUAAAUGGUCCUCUGAUCGAGUACUCAAAGAAUCGCAGGAAGGCUGACAGUGCCACAACCUCAUUUCUCUCGCCACAUUUGCACUUUGGUGAGGUGAGUGUGAAGAAAGUGUUCCACCUCGUCCGCAUCAAGCAAGUGUUUUGGGCCAACGAAGGAAACAAGGCUGGUGAAGAGAGUGUGAACUUGUUUCUCAAGUCCAUUGGUCUUAGAGAGUAUUCAAGGUACAUUAGUUUCAACCACCCUUAUAGUCACGAAAGGCCUCUUCUAGGACACCUUAAGUUUUUCCCUUGGGUGGUGAAUGAAGGGUACUUUAAGGCUUGGAGACAAGGCAGAACAGGGUACCCUUUGGUGGAUGCUGGAAUGAGAGAGUUGUGGGCAACUGGUUGGUUGCAUGAUCGGAUACGUGUUGUGGUUUCUAGUUUCUUUGUGAAGGUUCUGCAGCUUCCUUGGAGAUGGGGGAUGAAGUAUUUUUGGGAUACCCUUUUGGAUGCAGAUCUUGAGAGUGAUGCUCUUGGUUGGCAAUACAUAUCUGGUACUCUUCCUGAUGGUCGCGAAUUUGACCGAAUAGAUAAUCCACAGUUCGAGGGUUACAAAUGUGACCCAAAUGGAGAAUAUGUAAGACGCUGGCUUCCUGAACUUGCUAGAUUACCAACUCAAUGGAUACACCAUCCAUGGAAUGCGCCUGAGUCAGUACUCCAAGCUGCUGGAAUUGAACUUGGAUCAAACUACCCUCUUCCCAUUGUGGGAAUAGAUGCAGCAAAAGUAAGACUGCAAGAAGCACUUAUACAAAUGUGGCAACAAGAAGCAGCUUCUAGAGCUGCAAUGGAAAAUGGAACUGAGGAAGGGCUUGGAGACUCAUCUGAAUCAGCCCCUAUUGCUUUUCCUCAAGACAUUCAAAUGGAGGAAAGACUUGAACCUGUUAGGAACAACCCACCUCACGGCACACGGCGCUAUGAGGAUCAGAUGGUGCCAAGUAUCACUUCUUCACAUGUGCGAGUGGAAGAGGAAGAAACAUCUUCAGACCUUCGAAACUCGGCUGCAGACAGCAGAGCUGAAGUGCCUAUAAAUGUGAACACACAACCGGAUGCAAGAGGGACAGUGAAUCAAGGAGCGUUGCAGAAUGUAAAUAGAAACACAAGAGUACAGAAUAAUGCUAAUGCUACAAUGUGGUUGAGAAAUGCGGCUGAAGAUUCCACAGCAGAGUCUUCAAGUAGUACUAGGAGAGAAAGGGAUGGGGGUGAAGUUCCAGUGUGGUCUCCCCCAGCUUCUAACUUCUCAGAACAGUUUGUAGAUGAUGAAAAUGGUAUAGGAGCCAGUUCAUCUUACUUGCAGAGGCAGCAUCCUCAGUCUCAUCAAUUGAUGAACUGGACACGGCUACCUCAGACUGGGUAAUUCACAUCUAGAACAUGCUGUUUAGUAUCCGGGAGAUGGAAAAUGCACUACCCCCUUCAUUUGGGAAACGUGGGAUGGCGAACCUCGCUAUGGACAUACAUGUGAUCAUUUCAUACAUCCUUUCCGACAUCCUUAAACCUGUCUUGACACAUGAUUAACGGCUGACCUCCAAUCCAAUGUGCAUGAAAAUUUCAGUCCAUACGGGUAGUUUCAUCUGCAGUGCCUUUUGCUCUCUUGUACAAAAUUUGUAGGCCUACUGUAUAGUAUAAUUUGUGUUGUGGAGGAGAAAGAGCCACUAUUGGAUUUGGACCUUUGGUCCAGGGUUAUGCUUAUCAUUUAAGGUAGUUAUUUACAUGUUCUGUCCCAUAAUCAUGUACAUUUAUUUUGACUGCUGUAAAGUGCACUCAUCAAGGUGCUCACAUCUCCAAAACUUCUCUAUAUGGCAAACUAAAAGACAGUGCCAAGACACUUUUUGAUUUUA